GCUUUCCGGGGAGUGCGUGCAAAGCUGCUCUUCUCAGUGCCCUGGAGCGGACAUCUUCGACGAGAGUCGUAACUCCUGUGUUGCAUCGGCUGUGAAGGAAGCUAUGCCCGUGCUUCCAUUGGUGGAUGGUGGCGGGAUCUCCACUUACUACAUUUCCACGACAGAUGAAGCAUCGGCCGACACUCUCCUCAUGGUGACGCAGAACAAGCAUCGCCUCAUCGAGACGCCUUCCCAGGAGGCUUGCCAGACCCUCUCCUUCGGGGCCACUGAGUGCAGUGCGGUCACCGAGGACGGCGAGACGAAGUGCAGUUGCAUUUAUCCUGAAAUGCAAUCCUGCACUACCUGGUUCGAAAGUCACUUCCAUCUGAGGCCAGUGAUCUCAGAAGUAGGCAUGCUUCUGCUCUCAGGGGAGGGCUGCGACUGCUUCGACGAAGCCGAGAGCUCCGGUCAGCAUUUCCGCUGUCACUUCGAAAACCUUCAGGACGUCCCCUCGAUUAAGGCCAGCAAAGAGGCCACCAUGGCCCUGAAGAUUCCCUGA